UUGACCGCAAUAUUACAUUUCAGACUUCUACUCUUGGUUAGACUUAGGCAUUGGAUAAAAGGUAACAAUGAGACUACUCUUCAUAGCUCUUAUCUUACCGGCGUUGGCAUUUGCCAUUCCAGAAAAGAGAUUCGUUUUGGACAAUAUAUUGAGUCUUGUCAAUCAGACAACAAUUAAACAGGACCUCCAGGCGAUGAUUGAUGUCGUUGGAAGUGAUCCUACCGAACAAGCCUGUGAACAAGCUGGUCACAAAUACCUGUCAGGACUUCUGGACCAUUCUGUACCGCUAUUAUGCCAUUCGUUCCAGGAGCUUGUCCAUCAUUUCAAUAUAGUACCGAAAGCUACUACUACGUCUGCCCAAGUAAAGCGAUUUGUUUUAGAUAAUAUACUGAGUCUUGUCAAUCAGACAACAAUUAAACAGGACCUCCAGGCGAUGAUUGAUGUCGUUGGAAGCGAUCCUACUGAACAAGCUUGUGAACAGGCUGGUCACAAAUACCUGUCAGGACUUCUCGACCAUUCUGUACCACUAUUAUGUCAUUCGUUCCAGGAGCUUGUCCAUCAUUUCAAUAUAGUACCGAAAGCUACUACUACGUCUGCCCAAGUGAAGCGAUUUGUUUUAGAUAAUAUACUGAGUCUUGUCAAUCAGACAACAAUUAAACAGGACCUCCAGGCGAUGAUUGAUGUCGUUGGAAGCGAUCCUACUGAACAAGCUUGUGAACAGGCUGGUCACAAAUACCUGUCAGGACUUCUGGACCAUUCUGUACCACUUUUAUGUCAUUCGUUCCAGGAGCUUGUCCAUCAUUUCAAUAUAGUACCGAAAGCUACUACUACGUCUGCCCAAGUGAAGCGAUUUGUUUUAGAUAAUAUACUGAGUCUUGUCAAUCAGACAACAAUUAAACAGGAUCUCCAGGCGAUGAUUGAUAUUAUUGGAAGUGAUCCUACCGAACAAGCCUGUGAACAAGCUGGCCACAAAUACCUGUCAGGACUUCUGGACCAUUCUGUACCACUAUUAUGCCAUUCGUUCCAAGAACUUAUUCACCAUUUCAAUAUAGUACCAAAUGUAACUCCUACGUCGUCCCAAGUAAAGAGAUUGAGUUGAAUGAAAUGCGAAACUUGCGUAGACCUAUGGUUCUGAAUUAUGGAAUUUUUGAAAUAAAUUUUGCAUGAAAACUA